AUGGUACCGCGGAUAGAUAGGAAUGAUCUUCGGUGUUUUGGACACUCUGACACUUUCCAGGCUCCAAUUGGCAGUGGAAAUUCCGGCCUAAUAUACAAGGGAUUUUACCGGGGCAACUUAGUUGCAAUUAAAGAGCUGCUUAACAAGGAUAACAAAUUAUCCCGCUAUCGUGAACUCAUAUACCUGUAUGAAUGUCAUUGUCCGAACAUUAUUGCCCUUGUCGCCGCUGGACCGGACCCUGCACGCGGAUGUCUUGAGUAUAUCGUUAUUGAAUUUGCCCCGAAUAGUUCUUUAGAGAAGCUCCUCGAAUCAGGCGUGGAGUACGGGAUGUCACACGCAUUCCUGUGGUUUUUACACGCUGCAAACGCUCUGGAAUACCUUCACGAACAUUGUAAACCACCAAAGAUUCAUCGUGACCUUAAACCAAAGAAUAUGCUCCUUUUCGACAAUUGCCGAUUACUUAAAUUGUGUGAUUUUGGGACUACCCGAGAAGAAGAUGAAGACCUAACCGCGGACCAGGGAUCUCCAAGGUAUAUGGCCCCUGAAAUAUCUGAGCGUAAGUAA